AUGGAGACCCCUCACCAGGUGUUUGCCUUAGAACACCUUAGCUUGGAGCACAGUCAGCUUCAGGAACUCCUCUUCAUUUGGCUGAAGCUAAGGGAGCCUCUAACACUCUUCUUCCAGGGAUUCAUCGAUCCCAUCCUCGUCAUCGUUUAUGUCACCCAUCAAAGUGGGAUGGGUUCAAGGAUUGGCAUGGCGAGAGUGAGAGACAGGAGCCAGAAAAAUUUUAUUCCAUAUGUUGGUAGUAACUGUCCCCAGUGCCCGCAGCAUGCCAGGUGUGUCAAUAACACCUUCUGCACCUGUGAACCAGGAUUCAAGCCUACAAAUGGGAAGCAGAUCUUCUCAGACCUACUGGAAGUAUGUGAAGAUAUUAAUGAGUGCGCAGGCCCCAGUGGAGUGAGGUGUGGACCGAACGCAGACUGUAAAAAUGUAGAUGGAAAUUAUAGCUGCAGCUGUGUCACCGGAUUCACUCUGCCCUCUGGGGAGAAUCAAUUCAAGAAUUUGAGUGAGAACGAGUGCCAAGACAUGGAUGAAUGUCGGCAUAACAGCUUGCUCUGUAAACCCCAUGGGGUCUGCACCAAUGUUCCCGGGAAUUACACCUGCACAUGCCAGCCGGGCUUUGGGAAGAGCCAGAAGGACACAUCCAAGAUCUGCACAGAUAUAGAUGAAUGUCAUGCUAAACGGUUUCCCUGCCACAACACUGCCAGCUGUACCAACACUCUGGGCAGUUUUAAGUGCCAUUGUCCAAAAGGUUACAUGCCUGUGCCCGACUCUAAGGACGUGACACAGAACACCAUCUGUCAAGGAAUCGCCUUUGUCUCCUGGACAUUGCCCCCAGGAGUCACCAGCAAGAGUUUUUCCCACUUCCUGAAUAACACCCAAAAUCACAUCCAAAACUUCAUAGCUGGUACUGCCAAGGAGAUCUUCCAGGGCCUCCUGGAGGAGGUGGACCAGCUGCUGGGGAAUUACGGGGACCUGGAAGCCCUGCCCAUCUCAACCCGGCUCAAGGUGGCCACCACCCUGAUGACUGGCAUGGAGGGUGUUCUACAUAACCUCUUCCAGGCCCUGCCCUCUGGCCAACUCCAUGUCCGCACCUCGAAAGGCACAGAGCUGACCCUGGAGAGGCAGGUCCUAGAGAACAGAGCAGAAUCCAUCAAACUGUGCCACAGAGACACGCAGAUCAUGUUGAACAAUGAUGUGGUGUGGGGGAAAAAUCAUAGAGGCUGGGCAGUGGCUGGCCUCAUCUCCAAUCAUGGCAUGAAGAACCUGUUGGCCAAUGCCACCUUGGAAGUGGAUUCCAAGAAGCAAGUCAGCCUGAAGAAGUAUGAGACCCCCAAACAGAGAGGCCAGCUGGUCCUGCUGUCAACUGUCAGCUCCUUCUUCGUGAGCAACCCAGAAACCCAGAUGCUGAGCUCCCCCAUAACCUUGACUUUCUUUCACCCUGAUGUGCCAAUCAGAUGGAAGCAGGAGGUGAUCUGUGCCUUCUGGGAGCGGGAUAAUGAUGGGAGCGACCACUGGGCCACUAGAGGCUGUGAGAAGACGGGCAGCUCCUACAACAGCACCACCUGCAGCUGCACCCACCUCAGCAGCUUCGCCAUCCUCAUGGCCCAGUAUGACAUACAGGAGGAGGACCCCAUGCUGACUCUGAUCACCUACAUGGGGCUGAGCCUUUCUCUGCUGUGCCUCUUCCUGGCCGCCCUCACAUUCCUCCUGUGCCAAGGGAUCCAGAACACCAGCACCUCCCUCCCCUUGCAGCUCUCUGUGGGUCUCUUCCUGGCCGACCUCCUCUUCCUCUCAGGAAUAAAACGCACAGAGCCUGAGGUGUUAUGUUCCAUCAUUGCUGGGGUGUUACAUUAUCUGUAGCUGGCCACCUUUACCUGGAUGCUCCUGGAAGGGCUGCAUCUCUUCCUCACUCUCAGAAACCUCAAGGUGGCUAAUUACACCAGUGCAAGCAGGUUCAAGAAGAGGUUUAUGUACCCCUUUGGCUAUGGGAUUCCAGCCGGGAUCGUAGCCAUUACAGCAGGAGUUGGCUACCGAGGAUACGGGACCUCCACUCAUUGCUGGAUCAACACAAGGGGGUAUAUCUGGAGCUUCCUUGGACCAAUAUUAGUCAUCAUCUUGAUAAAUUUAUUAUUUUACCUGACAAUGCUGUGGAUUUUGAAAGACAGACUUUCUUCCCUCAAUAAAGACGUUUCCACAAUCCAAAACACAAGGACACUAACAUUUAAAGCCCUCGCUCAGCUCUUCAUCCUAGGCUGCUCAUGGGGCCUCGGCUUUUCACUGAUGGAGCCGGUGGGUGACGUCCCCAAAUCAGUCCUUGCCUACGCAUUCACUAUUACCAACAGUCUGCAGGGAGUUUACAUCUUUGUGGUGUACUGUCUACUCAAUUACCAGGUACGAGAACAAUAUAAGAAAUGGUUUGCGGGGAUGAAGAAAAGAACUGAAACUGAAGUUAGUGCACUCUCUGGCAGUAAUAGCUAUCCCCACCAGAACUAA